UGAAAGGGCCGGAGCCGCCCCGGAGCCCUCAGUGCCGCGCUGCUGCCGCCGGGCCUGGCCCAGCAGAACCUAACAGAACCCAAUUGGGCUGAACAGGGCUGAGGAUCAUGACCCCGGGGCUGCCGCUGCUGCUGCUGGCGCUGGCACUUCGGAGAGCGCAAGGGAAUGCGGGAACAUCCCCCGGUCCUCCCCCUGUCCCCCCGGAGCUCUCCUGUGGGGCAGAGGUGCUGGAGGCGGUGCUGGGACGGCUGCGGGCACUGGAGGGAGAAGUGAGGGCGCUGCAGGGACAGUGCGGGGACAGCCUGGGGCCCCAGGCUGGCACUGGGAGCACAGCAGCGCGGAGGCUGUGUGACACCCCUGGGGCAGGGGGCUGCUGUGGGUGCCGCAUGGGGGAGGCCGGGGAUGGUCUCCCGUGUCCCGCACCCCGCUGUCCCUUCGACUGCAGUGACCAGGGACGUUGCCGGGCUGGCCGCUGCCACUGCUUUGAGGGCUUCACAGGACCAUUCUGUGCGACUCCCAUCUGCCCCCCUGGCCGUGGUGGGCCCCACUGCACCCUCGAGAUCCCCUCAGUGACGCUGCGCCUGGCUGCGCGCAACCAGACGUCCUUCCGUGUGACCUGGCCGCGGCCAGCCAAGCCUGUGGAUGGCUAUGAGGUGGCAGUCAUCCCCAUGGAUGAACCAGCAGCACUGACCACCCACGAGCUGCCUAGUUCAGCUGUCACCUUUGAAGUGACAGGGCUGACACCUGGACAAGCUUUUGAGAUCUUCAUCCAGGCCCAGCGGGAGCAGCACCUCGGGGCACCGGGCACCUUGCGUGUCCGCACCUUGCUUGCCCAGUCUCUGCCCAACCAAGGGGGGCUACGGGGGACCCCUACAUUUCUGGCAUCUCCAGUGGCCCCAGCGUCACCAUCAGCCCGAGGGUCUCCAGCAUCCCCACGGUCCCCAGUGUCCCUGGGGUCCUUGGGGUCACCAGCAUCCCUGAGGUCUCCAGUGUCCCCGGAGUCCUCAGCAGCACCAACUUCCCUGGAAUCCCCAUUGUCUCCAGAGUCCCCAGUGUCCCCGAGGUCACCUACAUCUCAAUGGUCCCCAGCAUCCCCACAGUCCCCACUAUCCCCAGCAUCCCCUGUGUCCCCAGUGCUCCCAAAUGUCCCAUCCCUGCAUGAGCUGGGGGUCAAGCUUUCUUCCUACAAUGGAUCCUUGCUGCAGCGCCUAGAAAGCCACCUCCGGGCCACAGAUUUUCCACUCCGAGGCAACCAGACAGUGCCUGCAGUGGCCCGUGCCAUCCUCUCCUACCUGCUUCGCCGCAGCCCGGCCUUGCUGCGUCAUCAAUUCCUCCGCCACCUCCAGCAGAACCCCCACCCCAAACCUCAGGUGUUGCCAGGAGCUGCUGGUGAGGCCCUGGUGGAUUUGGAUGGGCUGCGGGGUCAUGCGGAGACCAUAGUGAUCCGCUACCAGCUACUGGAGGAGCCGGAGGGGGAUGAGGGGGAGAUGAGGGUGCCAGGGGACACCACAGUGGCCCGGGUGCCAGGGCUGGUGCCAGGGGCCACAUACCGGGUGGAGGUGCACGGUGUGGUGCGGGGACGUGUCUCCAAGUCCUACACUUCCCUGGUGACUGCAGGACUGGGUGACACCAGUGAGCCUCCACCAGAAUGGAAGAACCUCUAUGAGAUGGAGGGGACUGAGCCCCAGGGGGCCAUGGCCAAAGCAGCACCAUCAGAGGAGGAACCACCACAGCGGCCCCACCUAGGCACGCUCACAGUCUCCCACGUGACUCCAAACUCCAUCCAGCUGGAAUGGAGUGUCCUGGAGGGCUCCUUUGACUCCUUCACGGUGCAGUACAGGGAUGCACAAGGCCAGCCACAGGCACUUGCGGUGGACGGAGAGUCGCGCACAGUGACCGUGCACGGGCUGUCGCCAUCCCGCCGCUACAAAUUCAACCUGUAUGGGGUGUGGGGGCGGAAGCGCAUUGGUUUCAUCUCCACUGAUGCUGUCACAGCUUCAGCAAAACCAAAGGAAGAAUCACCUUCCUCACCACGCCUGGGUGAGGUGACGGCAUCGCACGUCAGCCCCGACUCCGUGCAGCUGGAGUGGAGCGUCCGCGAGGGCUCCUUUGACUCCUUCACGGUGCAGUACAAGGACGCGCAAGGCCAGCCGCAGGUGGUGCCCGUGGACGGUGGGUCGCGCUCCGUGAGCGUGCCCGGGCUGUCGCCGUCCCGCCGCUACAAGUUCAACCUGUACGGCGUGUGGGGGCGGAAACGGCUGGGCCCCAUCUCCACUGAUGCCGUCACAGCUGCAGAAGAGGUGGAGGAGCAACCACCAUCCCAGCCGCGCCUCGGAGUGCUGACAGCAUCCCAUGUCAGCCCCAACUCCGUCCAACUGGAAUGGAGCGUCCCCGAAGGCACCUUUGACUCCUUCACAGUGCAGUACGUAGACGUGCAGGGCCAGCCGCAGGAGCUGCACUUGGACAGUGGGUCCCGCACGGUGACCGUGCCUGGUUUGCUGCCGUCCCACCCCUACAAGUUCAACCUGUAUGGGCUGUGGGGGCAGACACGUCUGGGCCCCAUCUCCACUGACGCCAUCACAGCUGCCGUGCCAGCAGUGGAGGAACCACCUGCUCCACCACGCCUGGGUGAGGUGACGGCAUCGCGCGUCAGCCCCGACUCCGUGCAGCUGGAGUGGAGCGUCCCCGAGGGCUCCUUUGACUCCUUCACGGUGCAGUACAAGGACGCGCAAGGCCAGCCGCAGGUGGUGCCCGUGGACGGUGGGUCGCGCUCCGUGAGUGUGCCCGGGCUGUCGCCGUCCCGCCGCUACAAGUUCAACCUGUACGGGGUGUGGGGGCGGAAACGGCUGGGCCCCAUCUCCACUGACGCCGUCACAGCUCCAGCAGUGGAGGAACCACCUUCCCCACCACGCCUGGGUGAGGUGACGGCAUCGCAUGUCAGCCCCGACUCCGUGCAGCUGGAGUGGAGCGUCCCCGAGGGCUCCUUUGACUCCUUCACGGUGCAGUACAAGGACGCGCAAGGCCAGCCGCAGGUGGUGCCCGUGGACGGUGGGUCGCGCUCCGUGAGCGUGCCCGGGCUGUCGCCGUCCCGCCGCUACAAGUUCAACCUGUACGGCGUGUGGGGGCGGAAACGGCUGGGCCCCAUCUCCACUGAUGCUGUCACAGCUGCCGUGCCAGCAGUAGAGGAACCACCUUCUCCACCACGCCUGGGUGAGGUGACGGCAUCGCGCGUCAGCCCCGACUCCGUGCAGCUGGAGUGGAGCGUCCCCGAGGGCUCCUUUGACUCCUUCACGGUGCAGUACAAGGACGCGCAAGGCCAGCCGCAGGUGGUGCCCGUGGACGGUGGGUCGCGCUCCGUGAGCGUGCCCGGGCUGUCGCCGUCCCGCCGCUACAAGUUCAACCUGUACGGGGUGUGGGGGAAGAAACGGCUGGGCCCCAUCUCCACUGAUGCCGUCACAGCUGCAGAAGUGGUGGAGGAGCAACCACCAUCCCAGCCGCGCCUCGGAGAGCUGACAGCAUCCCAUGUCAGCCCCAACUCCGUCCAACUGGAAUGGAGCGUUCCCGAAGGCACCUUUGACUCCUUCACAGUGCAGUACGUAGACGUGCAGGGCCAGCCGCAGGAGCUGCACUUGGACAGUGGGUCCCGCACGGUGACCGUGCCUGGUUUGCUGCCGUCCCACCCCUACAAGUUCAACCUGUAUGGGCUGUGGGGGCAGACACGUCUGGGCCCCAUCUCCACUGACGCCAUCACAGCUGCCGUGCCAGCAGUGGAGGAACCACCUGCUCCACCACGCCUGGGUGAGGUGACGGCAUCGCGCGUCAGCCCCGACUCCGUGCAGCUGGAGUGGAGCGUCCCCGAGGGCUCCUUUGACUCCUUCACGGUGCAGUACAAGGACGCGCAAGGCCAGCCGCAGGUGGUGCCCGUGGACGGUGGGUCGCGCUCCGUGAGUGUGCCCGGGCUGUCGCCGUCCCGCCGCUACAAGUUCAACCUGUACGGGGUGUGGGGGCGGAAACGGCUGGGCCCCAUCUCCACUGACGCCGUCACAGCUCCAGCAGUGGAGGAACCACCUUCCCCACCACGCCUGGGUGAGGUGACGGCAUCGCAUGUCAGCCCCGACUCCGUGCAGCUGGAGUGGAGCGUCCCCGAGGGCUCCUUUGACUCCUUCACGGUGCAGUACAAGGACGCGCAAGGCCAGCCGCAGGUGGUGCCCGUGGACGGUGGGUCGCGCUCCGUGAGCGUGCCCGGGCUGUCGCCGUCCCGCCGCUACAAGUUCAACCUGUACGGCGUGUGGGGGCGGAAACGGCUGGGCCCCAUCUCCACUGAUGCUGUCACAGCUGCCGUGCCAGCAGUAGAGGAACCACCUUCUCCACCACGCCUGGGUGAGGUGACGGCAUCGCGCGUCAGCCCCGACUCCGUGCAGCUGGAGUGGAGCGUCCCCGAGGGCUCCUUUGACUCCUUCACGGUGCAGUACAAGGACGCGCAAGGCCAGCCGCAGGUGGUGCCCGUGGACGGUGGGUCGCGCUCCGUGAGCGUGCCCGGGCUGUCGCCGUCCCGCCGCUACAAGUUCAACCUGUACGGGGUGUGGGGGAAGAAACGGCUGGGCCCCAUCUCCACUGAUGCCGUCACAGCUGCAGAAGUGGUGGAGGAGCAACCACCAUCCCAGCCGCGCCUCGGAGAGCUGACAGCAUCCCAUGUCAGCCCCAACUCCGUCCAACUGGAAUGGAGCGUUCCCGAAGGCACCUUUGACUCCUUCACAGUGCAGUACGUAGACGUGCAGGGCCAGCCGCAGGAGCUGCACUUGGACAGUGGGUCCCGCACGGUGACCGUGCCUGGUUUGCUGCCGUCCCACCCCUACAAGUUCAACCUGUAUGGGCUGUGGGGGCAGACACGUCUGGGCCCCAUCUCCACUGACGCCAUCACAGCUGCCGUGCCAGCAGUGGAGGAACCACCUGCUCCACCACGCCUGGGUGAGGUGACGGCAUCGCGCGUCAGCCCCGACUCCGUGCAGCUGGAGUGGAGCGUCCCCGAGGGCUCCUUUGACUCCUUCACGGUGCAGUACAAGGACGCGCAAGGCCAGCCGCAGGUGGUGCCCGUGGACGGUGGGUCGCGCUCCGUGAGUGUGCCCGGGCUGUCGCCGUCCCGCCGCUACAAGUUCAACCUGUACGGGGUGUGGGGGCGGAAACGGCUGGGCCCCAUCUCCACUGACGCCGUCACAGCUCCAGCAGUGGAGGAACCACCUUCCCCACCACGCCUGGGUGAGGUGACGGCAUCGCAUGUCAGCCCUGACUCCGUGCAGCUGGAGUGGAGCGUCCCCGAGGGCUCCUUUGACUCCUUCACGGUGCAGUACAAGGACGCGCAAGGCCAGCCGCAGGUGGUGCCCGUGGACGGUGGGUCGCGCUCCGUGAGCGUGCCCGGGCUGUCGCCGUCCCGCCGCUACAAGUUCAACCUGUACGGGGUGUGGGGGAAGAAACGGCUGGGCCCCAUCUCCACUGAUGCCGUCACAGCUGCAGAAGUGGUGGAGGAGCAACCACCAUCCCAGCCGCGCCUCGGAGAGCUGACAGCAUCCCAUGUCAGCCCCAACUCCGUCCAACUGGAAUGGAGCGUUCCCGAAGGCACCUUUGACUCCUUCACAGUGCAGUACGUAGACGUGCAGGGCCAGCCGCAGGAGCUGCACUUGGACAGUGGGUCCCGCACGGUGACCGUGCCUGGUUUGCUGCCGUCCCACCCCUACAAGUUCAACCUGUAUGGGCUGUGGGGGCAGACACGUCUGGGCCCCAUCUCCACUGACGCCAUCACAGCUGCCGCGCCAGCAGUAGAGGAACCACCUUCUCCACCACGCCUGGGUGAGGUGACGGCAUCGCACGUCAGCCCCGACUCCGUGCAGCUGGAGUGGAGCGUCCCCGAGGGCUCCUUUGACUCCUUCACGGUGCAAUACAAGGACGCGCAAGGCCAGCCGCAGGUGGUGCCCGUGGACGGUGGGUCGCGCUCCGUGAGCGUGCCCGGGCUGUCGCCGUCCCGCCGCUACAAGUUCAACCUGUACGGGGUGUGGGGGAAGAAACGGCUGGGCCCCAUCUCCACUGAUGCCGUCACAGCUGCAGAAGAGGUGGAGGAGCAACCACCAUCCCAGCCGCGCCUCGGAGUGCUGACAGCAUCCCAUGUCAGCCCCAACUCCGUCCAACUGGAAUGGAGCGUCCCCGAAGGCACCUUUGACUCCUUCACAGUGCAGUACGUAGACGUGCAGGGCCAGCCGCAGGAGCUGCACUUGGACAGUGGGUCCCGCACGGUGACCGUGCCUGGUUUGCUGCCGUCCCACCCCUACAAGUUCAACCUGUAUGGGCUGUGGGGGCAGACACGUCUGGGCCCCAUCUCCACUGACGCCAUCACAGCUGCCGUGCCAGCAGUAGAGGAACCACCUGCUCCACCACGCCUGGGUGAGGUGACGGCAUCGCGCGUCAGCCCCGACUCCGUGCAGCUGGAGUGGAGCGUCCCCGAGGGCUCCUUUGACUCCUUCACGGUGCAGUACAAGGACGCGCAAGGCCAGCCGCAGGUGGUGCCCGUGGACGGUGGGUCGCGCUCCGUGAGUGUGCCCGGGCUGUCGCCGUCCCGCCGCUACAAGUUCAACCUGUACGGGGUGUGGGGGCGGAAACGGCUGGGCCCCAUCUCCACUGACGCCGUCACAGCUGCCGUGCCAGCAGUAGAGGAACCACCUUCCCCACCACGCCUGGGUGAGGUGACGGCAUCGCGCGUCAGCCCCAACUCCGUGCAGCUGGAGUGGAGCGUCCCCGAGGGCUCCUUUGACUCCUUCACGGUGCAGUACAAGGACGCGCAAGGCCAGCCGCAGGUGGUGCCCGUGGACGGUGGGUCGCGCUCCGUGAGCGUGCCCGGGCUGUCGCCGUCCCGCCGCUACAAGUUCAACCUGUACGGGGUGUGGGGGAAGAAACGGCUGGGCCCCAUCUCCACUGAUGCCGUCACAGCUGCAGAAGAGGUGGAGGAGCAACCACCAUCCCAGCCGCGCCUCGGAGAGCUGACAGCAUCCCAUGUCAGCCCCAACUCCGUCCAACUGGAAUGGAGCGUUCCCGAAGGCACCUUUGACUCCUUCACAGUGCAGUACGUAGACGUGCAGGGCCAGCCGCAGGAGCUGCACUUGGACAGUGGGUCCCGCACGGUGACCGUGCCUGGUUUGCUGCCGUCCCACCCCUACAAGUUCAACCUGUAUGGGCUGUGGGGGCAGACACGUCUGGGCCCCAUCUCCACUGACGCCAUCACAGCUGCCGUGCCAGCAGUAGAGGAACCACCUGCUCCACCACGCCUGGGUGAGGUGACGGCAUCGCGCGUCAGCCCCGACUCCGUGCAGCUGGAGUGGAGCGUCCCUGAGGGCUCCUUUGACUCCUUCACGGUGCAGUACAAGGACGCGCAAGGCCAGCCGCAGGUGGUGCCCGUGGACGGUGGGUCGCACUCCGUGAGCGUGCCCGGGCUGUCGCCGUCCCGCCGCUACAAGUUCAACCUGUACGGGGUGUGGGGGCGGAAACGGCUGGGCCCCAUCUCCACUGAUGCCGUCACAGGUGCCCCAGGAACGCUAUGGGUGGGCACGCUGUGGCCCCGCAGUGCUCAGCUGCAUUGGGCGCCCCCCCAUGUCCCUCCGGAUGGCUACAACCUCACCUACGGACCCCUCGGAGGCCCUAUGAAGACACUGCAGCUGCCCCCUGAGGCAACAUCCAAGGAACUGUGGGGCCUGGAGCCCACUGGACACUAUAUGGUGCAGCUCCGGGGCCGGGGGCUGGAGCCCCUCGAGACCACCUUCAACACCCCACCCCUUCCUCACCCACACCCCCGGGACUGUGCUGAGGAGCAGCUCAAUGGACCAGGGCCUUCACGAGAAGUCCUCAUCUUCCUCGGGGGCGACCAGCGACGGCCACUGCGCGUCUUCUGCGACAUGGAGAGCGAUGGGGGAGGCUGGCUGGUGUUCCAGCGCCGCAUGGAUGGGGGCAUCAACUUCUGGAGGGGGUGGGAGGAGUACGUCCACGGCUUCGGGAACAUCUCCAGGGAGUUCUGGCUGGGAAAUGCGGCGCUGCACGUGCUGACAGCUUCUGGGCCCACGGAGCUGCGCGUGGACCUCCGGACGCCGUCAGACAGCGCCUUCGCCCGCUAUCGGGAUUUCGCCGUCGGUGGUCCUGAGGACAGUUUUCGCCUCCAUCUCGGGGCUUACAGUGGCACAGCUGGGGAUGCACUGUCCUACCAUGCUGGGAGCCCCUUCUCCACACGGGACCACGACCCCCGGGGCCGCCCCCGGCCCUGCGCCGUUGCCUACACCGGAGCCUGGUGGUACCGCAACUGCCAUUAUGCCAACCUCAACGGGCGCUAUGGGGUGCCCUACGACCACCAGGGCAUCAACUGGUACCCCUGGAAGGGCUUCGAGUACUCCAUCCCCUUCACAGAGAUGAAGCUGCGGCCGCAGCGUGACUGAGAGCACUAGAAAGGUUGUGGGGCACAGUGAAGCCUUUAUGGGGUCAAUAAAGCUGCGAGUAACCAGCACUGA